GCACUAGUGUUGCCGUGAGAUAUUACGUUUUGUGUUUUUAAAUUUCAAAGCUUCUAUCGUAAUAUGUUCUCAAGUUUUUAAAUUCUAAACUUUACUUUAAAAAAAAUGGACGAGGAAUACGACAGCUCUCACACAAUUGUAAAAAACACAGAAAACCUUCUACAGGAAAAAAGUUUGUUGGAUUUUACUGUACACGUUGAGGACGUUGAUUUACCAUGCCACCGUGUUAUUCUGGCAGCGUCGUCAAAUUUCUUCAGAGCACUUUUACUGUCUGACAUGAAGGAGGCUAAGGAAGGUCGUGUGACAAUAAGCGGGAUUUCAUACGAAACAUUUCAACUCAUCUUGAAGUCCAUCUACAAUGGGAAGAUAGAUUUGACUCUGGACAAUUUUAAAAACGUAUGGCAGGCAGCAGAUCAACUGCAGGUAGAUUUUAUCGUAGCACACUGUGAGGAUUUUGCUGCUAAAGCCAUUACUGUCGAGAAUUUUGAAAGUAUUGUGAUCACCGCUACAUGUUUCAAGUCUGAAAAACUUCUGAAGGCUACAAAAAAGUUUUUGUUCGAUAACUUUGACACGAUGAGUGAGCUAAAUGUCAGACCUAUAAUGGAGCUCGAGUUAAAUGAGUUUAAUGAAUGGAUAGAUGCUCGCGAUCUUAAAGUUAGGAACGAAGACUGGCUCAUAAAAACAGUGCUAAAGUGGGUGGAGUAUGUACCAGAUAAAACACAAAGCAAAGACAAGGAAGAAGACAAUACUGACCCACAACAAACUACAGAAAAAGAAAAUCAAGUCGAUAAUGAAUCUGAAAUAUGUUUAUUACGAGAUGAGAAAGGUGAUUUGAAAGGUAAUCCAAGUAAGAGAACUCAAGCUUUGACAACAUUAUUGAAGUCUGUGAGGACGUGUCUUGUGAGUACACCCCUUCUAAAACAUUUGCUAAAACAUCGAUUGAUAAUCAACAACACUGAAGCUAGAGAUGUUUUGAUUGAUGCUGUAUUGUAUAAGACAACACAUUAUAAUCACGGACAAUGGCGAACAAGUGCCAUACAUCGAGCCUCGAGUGAGUGGGAGCAUUGCGGUGUGGUGUACAUAAAAAACAAUGAGUUCCUCAUUAUAAGUGCAUUUGAUUUCACGAUGUACACCUGUGUUAAGAAUAGUGACAUAUCUCUGGAUGUAACUUUAGUGGUUUUUGACUCUUGCUUGUACGCCGCUGGGGUUAAAGAAGACACUGAAACUAACAGCUGCUUGUGUGUUUUGAGCGGUAAAGCAUGGAGCAAAAUUGCUGAAAUACCAGCCCGCCAUUUGAUUUUAGUUGCAUACGAACACUGCAUUUUUAUAUUGAAUAAAACGACUACUGAAAUUUAUCAGAUAUUCCCAAAAUGUGGGAACCCAAAAGUUGAAGAAUUUACUAAGCUUCCCGAAACCUUCAAAGUACAACAAGCAAUAAAUUAUCAGAGGAUGAUUCUGAUUUUCAGUUCUGUUACCGUCAAUGAUGAAGAGAAAACUGCAGUUCAUCAGCUGGACAUUCUAACAAAGAAAUUUACAGAGUUAGAACAAUUGAAUGGACCAGCAGAACAGAUAACAAGUUUCAGCGAUGACAACUAUACUUAUGUACUACAAACCAAUGGAAAUGUAUGGAUUGUUGAUCGUCAAGUUGGAAAUGUGACAUUUAAAGCAUUGGGAAGUUUGUGGAACACACCAAAAAUAUUGUAUGGUGCCCUGACAAGCGGACCAAAGCUCAUAAUUUCCCACCAAGGGGAAUCCAAAGUACAGUCGGAGAAUCUGAAUGAGUUUACACCGCCUCUAGGGGGCUACUUCAACCAAGUGUCGUAUUGGAGUGAGGUUGAUGUGCCAUGUUCCAAUUUUAUUCCAGUUGUGUUACUCAAAAGUGAAUUGCUACCAAUUUAAACAAUAUCACAACCAUUACCCAAUAUGUGAGUAUGGGUGUUGAGUUGGGUAAGUUACAUUGUUGUAUUUGAGACUUUGAUUGUUGUUGAAGCACACGCGAGAAGACCACUCAAAACUUGUCUUUCUUUGUUUAAUAUUGACGACACUGUUUCUCUGGCGACAUAGAUUUAAGGUAAAAAUUGAUGCAUCUUAAAGUCAUAGUUAAGCCGGGAUCUAAUUUAGGACUUUCUUUGACGAAGGUAUCCUGUCGUAUUAUUAAUGGGGCCUUAAAAGUACCGUUUUUCAUGAACGCAUGUUGAAGUUUGGGUGCAGUAUACAUAUUUUAAAGUGUGUUGAUCGAUGAAGGGAAAAAAGAUACAUGUGCCUAUUGUUUGACAGUUGUGCAAAAUAAGUUAUAUUCAGUAGAAGUAAUUGGUUAUUUAUUUGUUAGAUUUAUUUUAAGUAUUAGAAAAGGAUUUGAAACAUGGUGUUUAUUUUACUAAUUGUAAGAUUAAUAUAUAAAUUGCCUAGUUAAAAUAUUUUUCCUAAGCCAUUAGUAGUUUUAAUUAAUAUACUUUCAACUUACCCCUUUUAAAAACCUAAACCAUUUUAGAAUUUUGUUUUAAAAACAUUUCAUUUUAAUUUGUUUGUUUGAUUUUUUAAUUUGAUCAAUUUACACAUUUGAUUUACUACAUUUCGGUAAUAGUUCUCAUUUUAAUUGUUUAUUUCAUUUGUAUUUGAAAUAAAAUGG